CAUGGCUCCGACAAAGUAUGAUAAGAAGCCGGAGCCUGGAGACCUCAUUGAAAUCUUCCGAGGCACAUAUCAGCACUGGGCUAUUUAUGUUGGCGAUGGUUUUGUGAUUCACCUGGCACCACCCUCUGAGCAUGCUCAAGCUGGGGCCUACAGUAUGAUGUCAGUACUAUGUGACAAAGCCACAGUGAAGAAAGAAGAACUGUAUGAAGUAGUUGGCAAUGAUGAAUACCGUAUCAACAACCUUCUGGAUGACAAAUACGAGCCACGUCCCUUUUGUGCUAUUCUACGGGAAGCAGAACGUUAUUUGGAUCAAGAACUUCCAUAUUGUGUCUUUAGAGGGAACUGUGAGCACUUUGUUACGGAGUUGAGAUACGGAAAGCCACAUUCCCGCCAGGUUCGUAAAGCGGUGGAGAUUGGUGUUGGAGUUGGACUCUUUGCAGCGGUUACCUUUGGAGUUCUUGCUGCUGCUUCAACCUUUUUUGGUUCAAAAGACAAAGAGAAGCAGAAACAGUAAGGACUGAGAAAUGCAGAAGUGAAAAGUGCAAUUGUGGAGGCCU